UCUUCUUCUUCUUCUUCUUCGUAGCGGCAAAAGGAACGAAAGUACCGAACCCAUAAAACUUGAACCAUAAACACAAUGGCUCCCUUCUUGUUCGAACCCCAAAGCGACGAAGAGAUCGAACACUCCGAAGAAGAAGAAGCAUCCGAACCAGAAUCAGAACCAGGAUCCGAACCGGAAGAAUCAGAAGGAGAAGAAGAAGAAGACGAACAAGAAGCUUCUAGAAUCUCAAAGGAGAAGAAGAAGAAGAAAACACAGUCUCCGUGGGACUUCGCCAAGUACACUGAGUCAGUUGCGGAGGAGCACGCUCGCCGGAGUACAACCUCCGUUGACGAAAAAAUCUCCAAAGCAUUAAAACAGCGCUCAACACCUCUCGCGGUUCCUUCGCAAAACAACGACGUUGACGACUCAUCAGAUUCCGAACCUGAUAAACAGGAAGAUUAUAGACCAGAUGAAGAAGAUGAAGAGGAGGGCAAUGCGGGUGAUAGCAAGUCCUUUUUCGCUCCUUCUGAUGGAGCAUCUUUCCAUGCGGAUUCGUUCUUGCAGCUUCAUUUGUCACGGCCUUUGCUCAGGGCUUGUGAGGCCUUGGGGUAUGCUAAACCAACGCCAAUUCAGGCAGCUUGUAUACCAUUGGCGUUAAAUGGUCGUGAUAUAUGUGGAAGUGCCAUUACUGGGUCAGGAAAGACAGCUGCAUUUGCACUUCCCACAUUAGAGAGGUUGUUGUUCCGUCCUAAACGCAUGCAUGCAAUAAGGGUCCUUAUUCUUACACCAACCAGAGAGUUAGCAGUACAAGUUCACAGUAUGAUAGAGAAGCUUGCUCAAUUUACUGAUAUUAGAUGUUGCCUGGUUGUUGGGGGUUUGUCAACGAAGGUGCAAGAAGCCGCUUUGAGAUCAAUGCCAGACAUUGUCGUUGCAACCCCAGGACGUAUGAUAGACCAUUUACGUAAUUCUAUGUCAGUGGAUUUGGAUGAUCUUGCUGUGCUAAUCCUUGAUGAGGCGGAUCGUCUUUUAGAGCUUGGAUUUAGUGCUGAAAUUCAUGAACUUGUUCGCAUGUGUCCCAAGAAAAGGCAGACAAUGCUAUUUUCAGCAACAAUGACUGAGGAGGUUGAUGACCUUAUUAAGUUGUCCCUAACAAAACCCGUGCGUCUUUCUGCUGAUCCGUCUGCUAAACGGCCUGCAGCCUUGACUGAGGAGGUGGUUAGGAUACGAAGAUUGCGUGAAGCAAAUCAGGAAGCAGUUCUUCUUGCAAUGUGCUCCAAAACUUUUACUUCUAAAGUUAUCAUCUUCAGUGGAACAAAGCAAGCUGCACAUAGGUUGAAGAUUAUAUUUGGAUUAGCUGGUCUGAAAGCUGCUGAACUUCAUGGAAAUCUUACUCAAGCCCAGCGCCUUGAAGCUUUGGAACAAUUCAGGAAGCAAGAAGUUGACUUUUUGAUUGCAACUGAUGUGGCUGCUCGUGGCCUUGACAUCAUAGGUGUCCAAACAGUUAUCAACUAUGCAUGUCCUCGCGAUCUUACCAGCUAUGUUCAUCGAGUGGGUCGUACAGCAAGAGCUGGCCGAGAAGGAUGCGCCAUCACAUUUGUGACUGAUAAUGACCGGUCACUUCUAAAAGCAAUUGCAAAGAGAGCUGGUUCAAAGCUGAAGAGCCGAAUUGUAGCAGAACAAUCCAUACAUAAAUGGUCUCAUAUAAUUGAGCAAUUGGAGGAUCAAAUUGCAGAAGUACUUGAAGAAGAGAGGGAAGAAAGAGCCCUAAGAAAAGCUGAAAUGGAGGCCACAAAGGCUGAAAACUUGAUUGCUCAUAAGGAAGAGAUCUUUUCCCGCCCCAAAAGAACUUGGUUUGUAACAGAGACAGAAAAGAAGGUUGCUGCAAAAGCAGCAAAGGCAUCUAUUAAUAACGACAAGAGUUCUGGAAAGGUAAUAAGUGCUCAGGAAGCCGAAGACCUCAAAAUGAAGGAAAAGAGGAAGCGGGAGCGAGAGAAAAAUUUACCGAGAAAGAAGCGUAGAAAAUUGGAAGCGGCUAGAGAGAUGUUGGAAGAUGAAGGAGAUGAUGACAAACCAGAAGCUAAGGGGGCAAAUAAGAAAGAAAAGGGUGGACUUUCACUUGUUGAUGUCGCUUAUCGACGAGCAAAAGCAGUGAAGGCUGUCAAGAAGGCAAUGGAUUCAGGCAAGAUCGUGAAGAAGAACAAAAAGAAUACCAAUCGUCCUUCACAUAAGUCGUCUUCAAGGACACAGGAGAUGCAGGAGCUAUUCCAGGCUGACAUGAAGGACAAAAAGCCGAAAAGAAGAGGUGCUGGAGCAGGAAAGAAAUCUAAGAGUUCGUUCAAGAGCAAGUCAAGGUACAAGCGCAGGUAGUUUGAGGCUAACGAUCCUUAUUAAAAAAUGUGUUAAUGGAAUGAAAAUGCACCUGCAAUGCAAGACCUUAUUGUUAAUCUGACAUGGGUGCAAAGGCAUAAGACUUGUACCAUAUCCAGUCACCAAUGGAGGUGAUUAAAUGAGCAGCUCCUACCACUUGUGAGUUUUAAUUGUUGCCUUUUGGUGCUUUUGUGUUACCAUGAUGACUGGUGGAUAAUGAAUGUGAGAAGUUAACAAUCACAUCUCCCAUACCCUUUUGUGAGUUUCGAUUGUUGUAUCAUGUGAACUUCAUUCAUGACCCAAUUUGAGUUGUGGUUCAUAGCUAAAUAUUUAUAGUUGCUCAAUUUUGUAAUUCAAGAAUCGAAUUCUAAAUUUAUGAAUAGAGAUUAUUCAUUGCUAAAUAU